CCGAUGACGACGUCAUUGAUAAAUGAUAAGCUGACCAAAAAUCAGUGUAAAUAUUAAAAUAUUGAACUUUACACUUUUAAGCGUAUUAUUUUUUAUUGUGUGAAUAAGACCGUGUAAACUUAUUUUACUGCAUUAUUGUGUUGAAUCGUCUCUCAGAAUGAGUACUCUUACAGUGGGUAAGUGUUCAAAUUAUUUUAUUAUAAGAAUAAAUGUAACUAACAUACCUAUAUUUUUUAUAUAUAUAUGUAAAUAUAUUCAGGUCAUAUUCCCUACUGGUUAUACUUAAAGUUUAUUUACAAAUAUAAAUUAUAGAUUUACACAUGGCUUUUACUUAACAUUCAAACAAUUAGAGGUACCCAAUUACAUUUGUUUGUAAUGUUUGAUAUUAUACAUUUUAUUUAAUUAAAAAUAAGAACUAAAUAACAUCUGUUUUAAACACUAUAUAAAACUUAACACGUCCUAACUGGUAUUAUAUUACGUAACAAUAUUAUUAAUAAUUAUUCCUUAACAUAAUAAUUGGUAUUAAUAUUUUUCUGUUUAUUUUUUAAAAAUAUUCCCGAAAAAAAAAUAAUACUUUGGUAUAGUAAAUACUUUAAAUAAUAUUAAAUAUUUUUUAGUCAUAUAGUAUACAUUCAAAAGCUUCUAUUUCAUCAUUAACAAUAAAAGAUACCUACAACUAAUUUAGCCAAUGUUGUAAAUGACUUUCUAUUGUUUUUUCUUCGAUAAAUUAAUGUUUUUAUAAUUUGUACAUUAUUUAAUUCAAUUAAAUCAAUGUAAGUAAGAUACUCAUUAUGUAAUUUAUUCAUAGUUAUUGAAAUUAUUUUUGUUAUAUUAUACUUGGAUUGUUUUUUGAAGGUAAAACGUGUUGGGGCAGUUUAGGUUUUAUUAUUUUUGGUCUUUUUUAUUUGUUUUACUUGUAGUUUGAUUAGUGAGGCAGCUUGUUGUCAUGGUUUAGUUGUUUUUUCUUAACUAUGAAUUGUGUAAUGUUCUUUCCAAUCUGGUUAAUGUCUAUAAAAACUAAAUAACUACUUAUAAUUUUGGAUACAAAUUCAAAAUAACAAUGUAUUUUUAAUACAAUAUUAUAAGAUAUUCAUAUAGUUUAUAGCUAUUAAUCCCUUUAUUAAGUUACCAUUAAUAAUUCUAUUUUCAUCAAAUUUUGUUUGAGAUCUAAAAUAAUUUGUAUACAUUACUAAAUUAAGUUAAGUUUAAGUGUAACUUAUUUAGUUUUUAAAUUAACUUUAAUUAUAUACAACAAAUGGACAAUUAAGUACAUUUUUCAAUGUACAUCUUUUUAUCAAUUAUUUAAUGAUGUAAUACAUUUAGUACCUAAAUUAAAUAAUUGAUAAUUAUUAUUAUGACAAUAUGACAUAAUAUUUUAUUAUUCUAAUGUUUUAUACUAGUUUAUGAUAUUUAAACAAUGCAUUCCAGAGGUUUUUAAUAAAGGAUUUAAUAAAGGUUUAUUAGGUGCUUAUUAAAAUUAAUAGGCUUACUAAUUAGUUAUUUCAAACAUAUUUAGCAAGUACCUAUAAGUAGUAGAUAGUGUACAUUGAAUUAUCCUCGGAAUUAUCUUAUUUUCAAUUUUUAAAUAUUUCUUUAUUACUCAUCUAAUCAAUACAAAUAAUUAAGCCAUUAUUUUAAUUGUUUUAUUAUAGUAAAUAUAAGUAGUAUAUAAAUUCAAAUUACUUUUUGUAUUUCAUUUUAAUAUCCAUUGAAGUAAAUAAAUCAUUAAUGGACUUUAGAUUAAAAAUAUCCAACUUAACAGUUUUAUUUUUACAAUGUUAAGUAUUUUAUUACUUAUGAGCUUUAUAGUUAUUAUUAGCAAGUCAAACAGGUUAUUAAUUUAUUGGUAUUCAGAAAUGGUAUGAAUCAUACAUUUUUUCCAAGUGUUUCAAUUGAAAAAAAAAAUACAAAUGUCUUACAUUUUUAAAUGAAGAAAAUAAUAUGUUUAUUUAUUUCUAGUUGACUGAUGUAUAUUAUAUUCAGUAUUAAUUGAAGAAUUUAUAUUGCACAUUUAAUUCACUUCAUAGACAUUAACUUUAUGUUUGAUAAAUGAUUGUGUUUAUAUAAAUCAUAACUAAGAUCAUUAAUUUAUUGAUAAAUGUCAAUAUUAAUCUGAUUAAUGUAUACACACCAGUAUGUGCAGAAUUUAUAGGUACAUAUUAUUUAUUUUAUAAACUAUUUAAGCAAAUAGGUACUUAUUAUUUUUAUUUUCAUUAUUUAUAAAUACAAUAUUAAUAUAAUACUUACCUAAAAUAAUAAGGAUUAAAUUGAGUCUAUUCAAAAUUAAAAUUUACUUUGUUAUGUAGGUAUAUAAUUAUUUUAAUAAUGUUGGUAACCAAAAUUAUUAUUAUUAUUAAUAUUUUUUGUAUCUAUAUCAGUUGAUAUUGUUUGAACAGAAUAUAAAUACAAUUAACAAAGUUCUGAUAAGCAGAAAAGCUGAAAAGCUAUUAAUUCUUGGGGAAGAUUAAGUUAAAUAAUGUAUCUAAAUUAAAUUUAAAUAAUAAAUAAAUACAUGUGCAUUAUAUAAUAGCACCAUUACCCCAUCACAAACUAUAAACAGAUUACAUUGUCGGGGAAGGCAUUCUAAAAUAAAAAAAAUAUUUUUUUAUAAACCAGCAUUUUUAGUUAAAUUGUGAUCAUUGUGAUAUCCUAUAUUAGUCUAAAAUAGAGAUAUUUUAAGAUCUAGUUAAUUUAUCUGUAUGAUUUGUAUUUAAUGAUUGCAAAUGAAAUUUAAAUAGGUACUUUAGGUUGCAUUAUCUCCUUCAGUAGCUACACCUUUGUUAUACCUCUACUAGGAUAUCUAUUUUUCUACUAAUAAUUGUUUAAUUAAAUCAUCAGCAUCAUGGUAUUGGUUUUAAUUUUGUUUAAUAUUUAUGUAUAAAUUACUUCUUUAGGACUUGUAAAAGUUAUUAAUACCACUAAUACCAACUCUUUAUUUGUAAGUCACAUUGUUUUAAAUUCUAUCCGUAAACAUUUGUUUAUAAUUAAUAUCUUUCUGUUCAUUAACAUACACAUAGGUAGGCAGAUACUCAAUCAUAUUUUAUUAUUAAUCAGUUUAAUUUUUUUAGCAUGUCUUAAAGUGUAUGCCAUUAUUUUGACAUUAAUGUUUAAUUUGAUUACAAUAUAAACCAUAAAAAACUAUAUUGGCUAAUAUAAUUUGAGUAAUGGGUAAUAAUAUUGUGUAUUAUGCUAUUCUUAGAUUAAAAUUAUAGUCAUAUAAUAUUCCAUAGACUUCUAUAAUUAAGAUAAAAUACUUAUUUAUAUAAAAUAAAGCUCGGUCAUCAGGUAAAGGGUGAAGCGAUAUUCACAGUUUAUAAAAUAUAAGUAAUAAUAUAGUUAAAGAACUCAUGUAAUUUACAUGAAGUUUAAUGCCACCGUUUUUUGGUUGACAGACAGCCUUUGAUAGAAAUAAGGUCUUUGUUGUGUUUUACUAUAAUAUAUAUAGUAAUGAGUUACGUAACUGAGUUUGUCAAACUCAUUACUUAACAAACCAAUAGGUAUUUUCUACUUUUUUUUUAGUACUGGCACUGCUCAUUUAAUAAUAUGUAUUCUAAUAAUCUUAUUAUGUUAAAACUUUUAGUAAGUUAUCAUAGUUAUGACAAGCAUAAUAAACUUUUUGUUUGUUUUGAUACUUGGUGUAAUGAAUCUGUGUGAUACACGUGUCCAAUGUAAAUAGUAAAUGCUUGAUAAAUAAGACAUUAAUAUCUAUACCAAAAAUUAAUGACAUUUCCCAAAAAUGGCGAAUAAAAGUUUCACUUAUAAAACAUCUGUUACUCAAAUUGAAUUGCUUUGUCCAAAAGCACCAAUCAUUGAAAUCCAGCCCUUAUAAAAUAUAAUCUGUAUCCGUACCGAAGAUUAUAAUAUUAUGACCAUUCAAUGUUAAUAAUGACGUUAAAAUAACGUAGUAUAAUGCGUUUAUAGCAUAUUAUAUAAAAUCAAUAAAUCGUUCAUACUGAUAACAUACGAUACAUGUGCCAAGUUGUCAGUGUUUUAUUAUUCGGUCGGGCAUAAAUAUAUUAAUUUACCUAUCGCCAAAGUCUUAUGGUUUUAUUUUAUUUUUGAACGCUCACCAAAUUAAAUAUUGAUUUAAAAAUGCCAUUCCGCGUCCUAACCUAAAUUUAUUAUUAUUUUUUUUUUUAAUCCUGUGACCUAGGUACGUGGUACGUCGUAUUAUACAUAAUAUAGCAAGGGGUAGUGUACUUCGAUUUGCGUAGCCAAGCGAACGUAAGGCGGGUGAAUGCUAAACACGCAAAACCACCAACUUGUACACCCAAAAUAUAGAAAUAAAAAGUACUUAAUGGCAGUGAAAUUAUAAAAACAAAAAAUAAUAAUAAUAAUACCCGAUUUUAAUUCAAUGCCAUUGUCAAACUUAAUAACAACUCGUGUACAUUUUAUAUCGUGCAGUGAUAUAAACGGACACGUAAUUUAUUUUUAUUCUCUCACUCGUAUUUGAAAAAAUUAACAUAUUCAAAAAUGUGAAAUAUUUAUAAGUUAUAAUUAUUAAAUGUAAGAGUAGAUAUAGUGAAAUCAACAAAUUUAUUGACUGCGUUUUUAUUGGUUUUAUGGCGGCUAUACAUGUUUACCAUGUUUAUGUUUAAUCGCGAAGAAGAAAGAUUUUAACUAACAUUCUAAUCGGUUUUUAACGUACUUCCCGUGGUCCGAUCAACUUGAAUAUCGAUGUUCAAUACUAGAAUUGAUGUUUAGAAUUUCUUUUUCCAUUCCCGUUUACAGCUCUGUUAUCCCAUUUACCCCAUGUCAUGAGCACAUUGCUAUAGUGUAUUGUAUAGUAGUAUAAUCCCUUUGUAUUAGAACAUAAGAGUAUAUUAUUGUAAUCUAUCGAUAACGUCUAGUGUGUCGGUGGCUCUGGGAAUAUUGCAGCCAUACGGCAUCCGCGGGAGAGCCGCAGUCAGCCGAGCUACCACUUUUAAAACUGUACGUCGUCUCUACGACCAUUUAUAAUAUAUUACUCUUUAAUUAUACAGUUCGACUCGCAUUAAAAUUAAAUUAGUAACCAAAAAUCCUUAGAACUGUUUUGUUGUACUUUCUCCUAUACUUAGAUCCAAACACUAUCGAACAAAUAAAACAACCCCGUACAGACAUGGCACCCUAUAUGCCUCUCAAAAACACCCAUACAAUUUUUUAUUUGUAUAUUCUACGUUUCUCCAUUAUAAAUAAUCCUCGGUCAGAUAUUCCAUUUUUCUAGAAGGAUUUUUCGGUUAUACUGAAUGUGUGCUUUAUCGGAGAUUUUACGACUAUAGUAUGAGGUCUACCUGAAAAUAAUGCUCAUGCUUAUAGUAAUUUGUAAAUACAAUAAUUAUAAAAAAUACAAUUUUGUAUAGAUACCUAUUAAUUAUACUUAUAAUUUACAUUAUACCUGUCUAUGUUUGAAUACCGACUGAGUACUUGCAUUGUUCGUUGCAGUUUAGGUUACACUUUUUUUUUUAGAUAAUUUAAAACUACUAAAAAGUAUUCUGCUCUGUUAUUCCAUAAUGUUAAAAAAUCAAUUAUUUUUUGUUCCUACUAAAACUAUGACAAAUUUAAUGUUGACUAAAAGAUAAUUAUUAUUUAAAAUUAUUUUAAGUUGUGUGACCGUGUGACUGACUAAUAUUAUUGUAGUGGUACUAAGUAAAAUUGAAUAAUAAAAAACGGAUGAAAAAAAGAGAAAAACAUUUUUAAUUUACUAAGACUUUUAGGUAACAUUGAUGAGGAAUUGAACUCGAAUAAUUAUUGCUUAAAUCCCCCUCUUACUCUGUUGGCUAAAUUUUGUGACAAACUUUCGAAUACCUGAAAUAGUAAAAUCAUACUCAAAUUUAAAUAAAAGGGUUUUGAUUUCUUUCACUAAUAACAUGAUACUUAACAAUUAAGAUCAAUUUUUCGUCUAUAAGAUCGGUUUUGCGAAGCGAAAAGAAUUCUGAAAAGAAAUUUGAUGUCAGCGUGAAGUACACCAUGUAUCAAGCGUUCGUUGGGUCACUUUUCGGAUUUCAGUCCUUAAUUUUGAAAAAAUUGAUUUGAAAUUUUAUUAAAAACAUAAUAUUAAAAAAAAAAAAAUAAUAAUAGUUUUAAAAAGUAUCCUGACCGAUUGCAGGUAUAUUGUAAAUGUCUCCACCCCGAUCCCAAAUUUGUUUUUCAGAAUUUUUAUUGUUUCAGUACAUCGAUCGGACAGAAAAUUCGUCUGUACAUUUUUAUGCUGGUUGUGUGUUAAAUAAUGAAAGGAAAAAUUCCCUUUAAAGGCUGGUUUAAAAACGAGUAACCUCGUUUUUCGAUCGUUUUAAUUAUUCAUAUUGUCUAAAGUUAAAAUAACAACACUAUAUAGGUAUAUUACGCCAAGACGAAAUAACCGAGCCCGUUAUUUUAUUUAAAAUAAUAUUAUUUCAUCAUAAAUGUCGGUUUUUUGAUAAAAAAAAAAACUAAAUCUAAAUAUUAUCAAAACGUAUUUUCGAGAACAUUUAAUAAAUGUAUUUGAGUUUUUUUUAAAGGCCGUCGCGCCACGUUGUUUGAAACUAAAUUAUAAGUUCUUCGGUCAUUAGGUUCUUCUUCUUCAGCUUUUAUAGGCCAUUAAGGCACAACACUGUUCUUGCUAACGGCCUCCUCCACUCUCUAUCAUUCGCCCAUUCCUGCGAUUUAUCAAUUCCCAAGUAUCCGGAAGUUCUGGUUGGGUUCGUCUAUCCGCGUUUUAUUUAGUCUAUCCCAUUGUCUCUUCCUUUCUGGCCUCCAGUUAAGUGCAUCUUUUAUUGUCACUCGACCUCUAUGUGUCUCAGUUAUUAUGUUAAAUUAAAUUAAUUUAAACGAAAGUAAUUUUAAUAUAGAUUCGGAUAUUUUUGAUUUUUGGUACCUAUUCUGUACUUAUAAAGUUCCUUUCUAUCGAAAUUAGAUUAGAUUUUUAUCGUUUUUACCGAUAUAUUAUGUAAAUUGUAAGUCUAAGGGCAGCUCAUUAUUAAACAAAAUGAUAAAUAGUCUGUUGUUCAGAACUUUUUAGUUUCAUUAUAAUUAAUGGGUUAUGUUAUAUAGUGUAUUCGUAAUUUUGUUUUUAAGAAAAUAACAAUUGAAAGCAAAAUAAAUAAACGCGCUGUUAAGAAUACAAAUUAAUUCGCAUUUAAAUUUUUUUUUCAAAAGGAUUUUUCUAUGAACCGUUUAUAUUCACAAUAAAAAAAAAAAUCUAUUCAAUUAAUUUGAAUGUAAUUGGUUUUAGAUUUUGGUUUUUACCAUAAUUAAAUGGUGUUUUUUAUCUCUGUAAAUAGGUUUUCGAACAAAAGACACUAAUUCCAUUCAAAAACAUCGUAGAUACAUUCUUGUUGAUAUUUGUGUGCAUUAUAGGAGAUCAUUAAUAAUAAUUUAUCGGAAAUCAGUGUUUUGAAAUUUGUUUUAGUUUUUCUAAUAAUGGAGAACAAUUUUGGAAAACUGAAAAUAUUACGAUCAUAGAAUGUCGGUUUUUAUUAAAGUUCAAUGUUUUCAUUAUUAUUAUUUGACAAUUCACUAAAAAAUAAAAUCGCCUAGACUUUUUCACUGAAUAUAUUCUUAUUAUGUAGGAAUUUUCUAGACAUGGUGACUUGUGGUGUUCAAUAUCCAAAUAGUAUUUUGGCUUUUUUGAGUUAUUUAGUUAUUUGACAAUUGCGUGUUGUAUUUUUUUUUUAGGUCUAAUAUAAUCUAAUCUGGUUAAUAUUAAUUUUAGUUAUUACUAUUUGCAGGUAUCGUUCGAAAAUAUAUUAUUUUAUAAUGUAAAUUCGUUGUAAAUUAGACAAACAUACUCGAAGGACAGUCAAUAUAAUAUAUUUGUUUUGUAUUGUUAUUCCGUAAUAAAAUAGUAAACAAUAUUAAUAGUAAAUUAUGUUUCAAUUAUUUGCAGGAAAACACAAUUUAUUUGAGCUUAACAUUGCGCAUUUACAUAUUACAGUAAAAUAUAAAAUUAACAAAAAAAAAAAAUAGGUAAUGUUCCUACUGCUUAUCAAUAAUAACUAAAUUGAUUAAUAAACCAUUAUCACUAUCUAUAAUAAUAUAAUUAGGUAAUAUCAUUAUUAUAUCAUUAUUCGAUAUUUCUAUAAUACAUUUUGAAAAAAAAAAUAAAAAUAUUUUCGAAUUUGUUAUUAAUUAUUAAAUUAACAUUUUUGUAUUAAGUUAAAUCGUGUAACUUUAGUUUACAAACCCAGUGAAAUACAAUAAUACUUUAGUUUUUAGUUAUAAUUUUUUGGGGUUGGUUAGUUCACGUCUGAAACUUUUUAAUAAUUUGAACCAAAUUUGUAUAGGUUAUCAAAAUAAUAUACCAUAACUAUUAAUUCCUUGAUUAUGUGGGUGUUUAUCGCUUAUAAUAUAAUAAUACAAUGUGUGUGCUUGCUAUAUUUAUUCGUACUCUAUAUGUAUAAUCUACGACCAUAAUUAUUCAUCACGUGUAUUGUGUACUAGGUGUAUUAUUAAAUCAUAUUGUUACGGGAUUCAAUAAUUAAUCACAUGUAUUUUAUUAAACUAUUGCAUUUUAUAAAAAAGAAAAAAAAAAGAUUUAUUUAUUUUUAUAUAAUUACUGUAUUAUUUAAAUCCUGUAUGAAUUGAUUAAUUUAUAAUUUAUACUAAAAUACGAAUAAUUUUAAUUUGUUUAACGCGUAUAAACAAUUUCGACUGAAUUGCAAUUAAGCAUUACCUAUAUGUUAUUUCAAAGCAAUGUCUUUUAAAAUGUAAUAUUUACAAGUGUUUUAUUAUUGUGCCAGUAGUACCACCUGUAAUCAUGAAAUUUAUUUUACAAUUUCAAGCACUUCUAUAAUAAUACGCAGUUCGUUGACCUCGAUUAUAAUAAAGAAAAUUAUUUUUCCAUAAUCAAAAUAAACUUGAAAAUUCUUGCUCUAAGUAAAUAAAUGUACCUUGAUAACUUAAAAAAAUAAAAAUACAAAUAUUCCGGUAUUUUAAUUAUUUGCAGAUAAAUUACCCAGACAAAUUUGAAUAGAUAUAAUAAAUAAAACUGUUGAUGGGUAUACCACUGUUUCAGGAGUAAAGUUGGAGGGGAGAAUAUAUUUAUAGUAAUUUAUAUUUUUAAGCAACCCUUUAUAACGAGCAGCGAUAAUUUGUUCACUUCAUUGCUAACACUCAAAAAUCAACAAAAAUCGUACAAACAAUUACCAGUUUAUUCCAUUUAUUCAGUAAAUUACUAGGAAAAUAAAAAAACAACCUACCCAAUUCUUAUAAAACAAAAAAAUUCCACAUUAAACUCAUUUUUUUUUUUUUUGUUAACCACUAUAAGUACAACUUAUAAUGGACCUAUGUAGUAGGAAAUAGGGGAAAAUAAGGGAUUCAACGCCAGGUGCCCAAGUGCUAUACCUAAUACAUGGCCGCCCAUCCUAAUGCAAGGUGCUAUACCUAAUAUAUAGCUGCCCGAAUUGUUCACCUCUUCAUCGCUAUAUAUUUUUCCCCCAUCCCCUUUUUCAAAAUAUUUUUUUUUUUAAAUAAUUAUUUCCUACAUUAUCAUCGACUACUUAGACGAUAUAUUUUUCCUACGUAUAACUACGCACUCUGACCUUUUUUUACCAAGCCCUCUUUAUCCAAAUAUUUUUUCCACAUUAUCGAAUACUUACUCGACUUAUCUAUUCCUGUUAUCAUAUACUUACAUCGUUAUCAUAUACCUACGGUAUUUCUCUUAACCAUAAUGACUGUUAUCAAAUCGUUAUCACAUACAUGUGAUUAUUAUUUUAAAAGUAUAAUGAUACUUUUCGUCUCCCGGCGCUCUUGCACUCGCUUUACCCCGCCGACACUCCAUCCAUACCCACUGCUCAAUAUUAUCUAUGUAACAAAAAAAUUAUUAUAAAAACGAAAUAGUUAUUAGCAACGUCGAUGGUCUGUACAUUACUGUAACAGCUAAUGUGUUACCAUACCCGUCGUAUAACCUAAACCAGCCCGCACUAUCCCAUACAGUGGCGUGGCGAAGUGAAAUAUUUUAUCGAGCAAUUCAUUUUUUUUUAAUAACCUACCAUCACCCCUCGACUCUUAGGCAUUGAUCAUUAUCAUUACCCAUGAAUAAAUGUAAAACAAAAAUAUAUCUCUUUAUUUUAUUUACUGUAAUUGAAUAAUUAUUUAUUAUAUAAAAUUACACCUUGUAAAAUUAAUAUUCAAGUAAUGUAAUAAUAUCUGGAAAAUAAAAAGGCACCCACCCACCCACCACUUAAAAUUAUCGGGCAAUUGCCCCUCAAAAUCACGGCCAACACGCCACUGAUCCCGUACACCCUUUUCGUCUACGUCGUAAUUAUAAGUGCCUAUACAAAAAUAUUAUACGUAUUUUCAUAGAUAUUACAUAAUCGUCGUCGUUUUUCUGUUAUGUCAGAUUUUCGUUAAUGACAAUAUAAUUGUUAUAACCAUUGCUAUCAUCGAUCAACAAGCACAUUAACGACAAUAACACGAGUGUUAAUUAUGUGUGCACACACACACACACACACACACACACACACACAUACACAUGAGCACACACGCAAACAUACAUUCAUACGUGCACAUACAUACGUACACACACACAUACACAUACGUACCUACGAUCGCCCCAGGAAAUAAUAUCUUGGUUUAUAAUAUAAUAGUAACAACAAGUGUAUUUUUCAAGCGAAUAAUACAUGGACUUCGAUAACAAUAUUUUGUAUCACCGUUUGUAAUACUGUUUAAAUUUAACACGAUUCGUCGUACGACACAUCGGUAACGUAAUUAUUAGAGUACCUAUAUGUAAAACCAAUAUAUUCUUCGCUCCGUCCAGAAUCCAAAGUGCUAUACUAAUAGUUCGUCGGGCAAAGUGAAUUCAAUCGAACAAACCAAUUACUUAUAAUGUACCUACUUCUAUAAAUUGAUUAUUAUUUGUUUUUAAAAUUAAUUAUUUCGGUAUGAAUAUCAAACUAACGUUUUUUGUUGGCUAUUUUCAAUUUGCCCCAUGUAAAUUUUCACUAUGUUUCGUACACACUUAAUUUGUCCCAGCUAUUGGAUAAAAACUAAUCAUUAAAUAUUUAUUUAUAUCUGUUUAUUCUUGGUCAAUAGAAUCGCAUUAUAUGUAUGAUGAAUUGGCGACGAAUUCAUCCGUUUAGUAAUUAUUAAGGAUGUUGUGAUUAAUCAAACUUAAAGGUGUCUUAUUGUUAUUUUAAAAAAUAAAAACUAACAUGGCUGUAACUGUUCUACAUGUUAAUUUUUUAGAAAAAAGAACUACUUAUUAUAACCUUCGAAAAUAUUGCCCUUUUUAAAUUUUUUUAUUUGUGAUUAAAUUCUAAUUUCUAAAGGACAUAGUUUUCGUUCAAAGUAAUAUAAUUUUGAAAUUUUGUACGUAAGUAGACGGAAACAACACAUGCGUGUAUGACAUCGUCUUAACCAAAAAACUAUUAAUGUACAAACGUGCCACAUAAUUAUAGUUUAUUCUUUGUAAUAAUUUCGAAUGCAAUGCAACUUAAUUUCAUAUAGUGCACUCAGUUCCCUAAAUUGAAAAUGCACACAUCUAUUGGUCGUUUCAGUUAAUUAACUCUCGUCCGAUGAACGCAUUUGAUGAAUGAUAAAUUGUCAGUUGCUCCUUAGUCAUUUAAUAGCAUAUUUUUAUUUGAGAAUUAAACGUUUGGUUUGAUUAAAAUUUGUGUGUAAGAAAAUUGUCGUCCUAAAGAUUUUCAGCAUUUAGAUUUGGCACCAGCCUUUUUUUGUAUUUCAAUGACUAUAACAGGCCACCAUGCAUGAAGGACAUACAAUUAGUAUUAUUAUGUUUUUAAUAAACAGUAGUGUAAUCACCGGGAGGAGGGGAGGUUCGGCUUUAUUUUGUAGAACUUAAAACAAAAAGUAAAACUAUUGUUUUUAAGAAGUUCCACGAUUUAAUUUUGUUAUAUUAUUUAUAAAAAGGUUGUUUUUUUUUUGUUUUUUAAAUUCCUGUAAUUGACAAUAUUUUUAAAAACAAUCUAUGCACAGUUCUCGAAAACAUUCUUCUCGAGGUUGGAUUACUUUAUGAAAACAGCCCGAGAAAUAUUUAUUUUACUUGUGCUAAAAGUUACACAGCAGCCUAAUUUCAGAUUAUUUCUAUUUAUCGCUAAUAAUUUCCCUUGAAAAUUGCCCUCGCCUCACAGAUCAUUACGGCUAACCGUUGGCCUACGUCCUACCGCAGCCUCCGACAGUAUGUUUAUAUGCCCCUAAAAUAACCUCGUUUAGUUGAGUCACGUAUUCUGGCUUUUCGCUCACCCCACCUUAUCAGAUUUGCCAAACUCAAUUUUAUCGUGACCUACCGCGAGAUUUCUCGACGUCCCGGUGGCUCAAUCCAACACCGUCGUCCUCAUUAAACGUUGUCAUUUACGCGUAAACUCCGUUGUCAACCCGAGCGCGAAAAUUCGCGUCCUAAAAAUAAGAGAAAAACUGUCACACACAGACAGACUGAUCCGGCCAUUUAUAAAAUUAAUAUAUGUGCAUGACGUUAGUUCAUUCUCUUUAAAAUCUAACGUUAAGAAUAAUGUAUACAUUUGAUCGCACGGCUCGAUACGGUCAAACGGCAACAGGUAAAUAUUGUAGUCCUCAAAACAAGUUAGCGGGCAAGAACAACAGAAAAAAAAAAAAUAAUAAUAAUAAAAUUAUAAACCAAACAAAUCGCAUAAUACGAAAUUUGUUGACGUACGUACGGGGGAAAUACGCGUAGGUAGCAGCUGCCGCUGGUGUGUAGGUAUCGAUACACGAUUUCACGGGAUCGACCUCGACCGCGAAGUCGCGGUGACGGACGUGUACGGUAUUUUCGUACAUUUCAGUUGGCAAUAACGUUGUCGGGUUUUUUUUUUUUCCCUCUCGGGAAGUAUCGAAAGAGCCAGAUUGUGUUGCUUCGAGAGGGGACGAGAAGUGAGCGAGCGACAGAGAGAGAGUGAGCGAGAGAGAAAUAUUUAAUAACAAAAAUGUGAACAACACUCGGCACGGAGACGACCGGUUCGGUUUCGUUUCUCGAGCCGCGACAGUGUGCCGUCGGUGACGUUUACGUGCGCAACGUUUCGUUUCUCUCGUUUCUCCCGCCGCUGUCGGACUACUUUUUAUUAUUAUCUUUUCUCGAGCGCACAAUUAUUAGGCGAUUAUCCAUUAUCUGAUACAUCGUUAUUCUCCCGUCGCGAAGUAAAAUUGUUUGUACUGUUGGCGCGUACGACACGAUGACAAUACAUAUCGUUACAAACGGUUUUGCGCUACAAAUCGCUGCGUAACACGAAUAAUACAUAAGUAAUAAUUUGACGGUAAUCCGGGAGAUCAGACCGCAUUCCGAAUGGCUCGCGACACGAUCGUACACGACGUGGAUCUGCCGUCGUUGGAGUACGACGAUGAGGAGACCGCUUACAUGGCCACGGAGACGCCCAGUUUUGACCCGGACGACGCGACGCUGGGCUGCACGUUCGUAAUCGUCGAGGAAGACAACGUGUCGGACCUGAUGGCGUCGGAAGACGACGAGGAAGAUGUGUCCCCGUCAAUUCUCGAUGGGCUUACGUUGCCGACGUCGGCGACCAACCCCGAGCUACGACCCUUGAAUACGUACGAAAAGUUAUCGUUGUUGAGCAAGAUCAAGGAGCUCAAGAAAUACCAGAUGCUUGCGAAGUUCGUCAAGCGACAAAAAAGCGAGGCUGCGGCUAAUGGUUAUUUACUCGUAUAUAAAUAUAUAUACAUAUAUUAUAUUUUUUUUUCAAUUAAGUUUCGUGCUGUUACGUUCUACUUGUCGAUACACACGUUCGUAUUUUCUUUUUCUCCAGUCGCGGUUUUCUCUCUCUCCGAGAUCCCCCGCCACCGAGUGGUGAACGAGUUUGUACGGGCAGAAUGCCAUACGUUUGUUCAAAGAAGUUUUGAUUGAUUUUCGUUUACGAAGUUAAAUCGUCGUUAAAAAAAAAAAAAAAAAAAUACGUAAACAAAUUUUGGUCCCAGUAUUAUUAUUAGAUGUCGGUAAAGUCCGCGUGCGCCACGUGUUACCAGUGUCUUUAAAAACUCGAUGUUGGUGUUACAGUAGGACGGUAUGACGUACGCAAGGCACCCAAAACGAAACUUGAUAUUCCGCGAUUUCUCCCGUUUUCGGGUACAAAAAGUGCCCUCCAAAUUCGUGCCGUUCAUCUGACGGUCGUGUUUUCCAAUCUAAUCCACCCGGAGUGACUUCUGUAUCUUUCUACGUUUUCCAAGUAGUCUUUUCCUUAUCGGGUUCCUUUCCAUACGAAGUAUAAUAGGUCUCGGUUUCUCCAGACGAACCCUGCCCGUUACCGUCUUCAAACUACUAAUAAUCGUCUUCGAUGUUUGGCUCCUGUUACCGCGCCCGGUUCCAGUACCCCGUAAUUGGUUAUUCCCCUCCCCCCAUAUCGUUGGUCUCGGUAUCUUUUAUAGCGCUACCAAUCUAGUUUUCAGAAUUUUCGUUUUACACACGAGAAGUUAUUGUCGUCGGUUUUGCUAUGAUACACUUGUUGUUUCAUUGAUUCACAAUAAUUUAUUAGUAUUUUUUUUUUCUCUGUCUAAAUCUAAGUAAAUACAAGUAUAAAGGAUCCGUGGACAGGAUUUCCAUUAAUCGGCCGUCAGAAAACCAAUUACGACGCAUCAUGAGGCUCGUUAUUUUCGGAUUGAUGACGUUCCAUUUCCGUGCAAUCGAAAAUAAUUUUUUAUCAUAUAAGUACAUAAAACUUCGAUCCGGGCCGUCCGAGAACGCGUUACACAGUACGUACAAACAAAUCGUUAUAAUGUGUUGUUUUCGUUUUAAACGCCCCGAUUCAGUAGCGCGUGGUCACAUUUUCAAUUUCCCGAAAGGUUUUCGACUUUUUAAAACAAUACCCGCAUACAAAUUAAACGCCGCGAAAAUAUUUCUUUUCUUUGUAUCGGUGUGAAUAAAAUCUGAAAUACGUACCUAUAUUGUUGUACGAACAACACGAUUUUCGAGUGAAGCAAGACAAUUGUUUAUUGUUUUCAGUAACUGCUUUACGGAAAGUCUGGCGGAUUUGUCCCAAUUUACCAAAUUUUAUAUUUUAAAUGCAGUUGUUUCCGACUGCUUAACAGUAUUGAUUUUACACUGUUCGAAAAUCAACGCUAACAAUGCACCAAUGUGGACGAAUAAUUGUAUCGAAAAUAUGAAAUAUCGUUACGUUAUUUCUCUAUCGUUUCAUGUUUUAUCUCUUGAAUUGCAAUAUUAUCAAACGUUGUUGGAUCGUAAAGCCCAAAACUUGUGAUCGGGAAACGGAUUUUGUUAACAUUGGCGUAUUUGUUAAUCGAAUACCGAUUAAAAAAAAAAAAUAAUAAAAAAAAUAAAAAUAGCGCAGUAUAAAUGUGUUUCAUGCAACCGGCGAUUACAACUGUGACAUUUCGAAUUGCUAUUUUUUGAGUAUUUGAAUCAUUUUUGAAUUUUCGGUGUUAUUAUAUUUCGACUGCUUCAGUGAUAUUUUCCCACCAAUAACGCGUACCUAAUUUAUUCGGGGUUUUUUUUCCCCCUCUUCGUAAAUCUCGUUUAAAUCGGAACGAAAAAUGGUAGAAGAAAAAAAAUUCGCCUCCCGUGUGUGAAUCGGUAAAAAAGUUAAUCGCGUUUGCCGUUUUGUUAAAUAAUAUUUCGUAGUACGGUCUUUUUUCGGGCGGCCCCGGCGGCGUAGUGGCUCGAUCAAUGAAACGUGCGAUUAAUACAAGUAGCUGGUACAGAACGACAAGCGAACAAAAAAAAAAAAUAUUAUAUUAUAUUCUAAUUUAUAAACACGCGAUUAAUUUAGUUUAUUUUUAUUAGUAAAAAUUAAUUUACGAAUAAAAUCGUAAAUUGCAACUGUUGCAGCGCUUGGCUUAUCAUUUUUAAAUAAAUAAUCAUUAACGUCAAGUAGGAAUAAAACUAUUUUGAAAUUAUGGUCUGCUCGAUUUCGAUGUUUGUAAUUUCAAUUUUUGUUUCGAUUUUAAUAUUGUUGAAUCUGUUCUUUUAUUGUGAUAGUCCGUUGUUAUCUGUUAGUUUAAAUUCUUAUCUAUUGCUGCAUGAUUUCGAAUCUAUAGACUUUGUAUCACAUGUAUGAGGUGUGUACAUAUUAUAGUCACGCGAUUAAGCGAACGUCAACGAUUUUAGAAAGAGAAAAGAUUGGAUACCCUAAUUAAAAAAAAUUAAAAAUUCUUAGUAUAUAAAUUACCACCAGUUAUAUUAAGACCAAGUGAAUUAAAACUGUCUCACUGAUCUCGUUUUUGUUCGUUUUCUAUUUAAAUUGCGAGAAAAAUAUUCUCAGGAACUACAGUAGUAUUGUGUCGGAUAAAAUAGAAACUUUAUUACGCUUGGACGAGAAUACUUUUAUUUUUGUUUUUUACCGAGAUACUGAACGUUGACGCUAGGGAACUUUAGAUAACAGGCAUGUUACGCCCAUAGAUAAUACAUAUAGGAUAGAACAAUAUGCCUAUGUGAAUUAUACAUGGGGUCGCGUGCCAGAAGAGCUCCCAAGUGACCGAAAUUUCGGUCAAAAUCAAAACAAUUUUAUUAUUUUUAAUUACUUUAGUAAAUUUUAAUUUUACCCCUUUUAAAUACUUAAAACAUACAAAUGUCAAUAUUAUACAAUCUUAGAUAUUAUCUAUGAUUGUACGAAUGUAUUACAUUAUCUAGUCAAUGAUGUAUGAUAACGGAAGGUCACCAGGUCUAGAAAAGGCAAAUAUAAAUUUUCUGUAUAAAUUUCAAGUCUACGAACAUUUUAAACAACAAGAAAACAAAAUUGAAAAUAAUGAAAUCGUAUUUCUGUAUCGACGUUUUUUCCCGGCUCAUUUAUUAAGAAAACUAUACGAAAAAUCAAAAAAACACUUUUUUACUCACUAACUAGAGUACAACUGCAAUAAAAAUUAUCUUUUGUUGUCUUUUUAUUGGAGCGAUAUUUCUGGUGAAAAACAUAAAGCGUAAAAAUUUAAAAUAAUGAAAUCGGUAAUGUCUGUAAAUUUGUCAGUUUUUUAUUUUUGUUUUUUUGUGGUUGUUCUCAAGUAUUUUUCAAAAUACUUGGAAAAUUAAAAAAAUGACUUUCUGAAAGUACCAACUAGAUGAAAUUUUCUUUUAGAAAAGAUGUCACACUUGAAAAUCGGAACGGGAAUUCUGGUAAAAAUUUCGUACGCAGUAAAAAAUAACACACAUCGUUGUAAAAUCAAUAAAUGUCUCGUUUCGCUCAGAAUCUAAAAUUAUGUAUACACCAAAACCUCCGGUAAAUGUCUGUUUUUUUUUUUUUUUUUGGUCCUGUCAAGUGUUAUGCCUUUAUAUAGCAGUGUUAAAAAAUAUAUAUAAAUAUUCAUUUUUAAGGGGGUGGGGGGGGGGUCGCGACAGUAAAAAUGCCGAGAAACACUGUUCUGUAGGUCACCUCUAAAUAGCGGUCAUUAUUUCUCCCGUGUCCCUCCGGCGACCGUUACGUGAAAGUUUUACCGUAUAAAAUAUUUUUCCGCGAUCGGCUCGUGUUUGAGUAUUUCUGAUUGUGUGCACUUUUAAUUAGCCGUUCUCUGUAAUAGUACGUCUGUGCUGCGAAGUACAAUAAAAUAACGUAAAAACAGCGUCGGCGAGGAAAUCGCCGCGUUCACAACCGCCGCAAAUUCGCAAUCAUUGUCGAUAUCGAUAAACGAGUGGCGUACCCAUUAAUACAAUGCCUCGUCGACGCCAGCCGCCGUAACAUGCGCCACGGCCAGCGUUUACCGUUUUUUUUUUUCCGUUCCCGAUCGUUGGUCAUCCGUCGUUACUAUAACCGCGUCACCGCGCGUGUUUUACCUUUGACCGUGCACGCUGUAUGCACGGGCUUGUUUUCCCGUGUAUUUAGAUCGCGUUGUGGCGUGUUUUAAUUAUCCUGUGACGGCGGGUGUGUUUGCACAAAGCGCGCAACGCAUUGCGUUCCGUUUUCCCUCCUCUGCGGACCCCGAUUGGUCCACGCUAUGAACAAACUACAUUUCGAUACGGCGUCUCGACUGUUGUAAUGAAAUCCGCCUGAAAAUUACGAACAGAAGUAUCCUAUUGAACUGUACUAAUUCGUCAAAUAAACACCAAGCGCACCGCAUAUAAUAGUUUGCCCACCGUCGUGUUUUUGUCAAGCUGCACUGACAAGAAAAUGAUGUAAACAUUUGCAAGUGGCGGUCCAACGACGACGUCAAUUAAUUGUCUAGUUGGACGUAAAAAAUGUCUAUGGUCCGGACUGGUUGUAGUAGCUGUGCUGCUGCAGCAUUGGUCGUAUCUGACCGUACCUAGUAAAAUAUUGCAUAUAACAUUAUUAAAUCCAUUGGGUUUCAUUUCAUUUUACGAUCGCGAAUAGUUAUUAACGAAUGGUGCAUCUGUACAAUUUUAGCGAACUGUGGUUGAACCUUUUUAUAAAUAAAAAAAAAAAUGCACAUAUUUAUGUUUCGACUAUGACGACGGGUUGAUAACUGAAAACGAUCAAAUAACGGAACACUAUCAUAGGCUCAACUAGGAGGGGGGAGGUUUGGGGGAGCUAAGUCCCUUCAGUUUUCCAAACAGCCCCCCCAGGUACGACGAAUGUAGUUAGAUGUGUUAAUAUUUGAUACUAAUCAUUUGUAUUUGUUUUUAUGACUACAAUAUUAUAUUUUCAAAUUUAAGCAAACGAAUCUGUUUCGGGGUAUAGCCCCCCCCCUCAGAAUUUUUAUCUUAGUUGCGCCUAAUAUAACGUUGUCUAGGCGAUCCGUUGAAUUUCCGAUAACUUUAGUCCGUUGGUUGAAAUUUACAGUUGUAUCCCCGCAUAAUAUUAUAAUUUAGUUUUUCCACGAAGAUUUGUUGCGAUAUCUUAAAAAGUAGUUUUUUUUUUUGACAAUUGUAAAAUUUAAAUAACGAUUUUAAAUUUACCAUACCUAUGUACUACUCGCACAACCGACCCGUUCGGAGUUCGUGUGCUUUUGUUGUCUCGUACAGACGCGAACGGACAUACCCUAAAGCACUGUGCAUUGUCGAAUCGACAUGGAAUGUUUAAAUAUCGGAUUUCAAAGCGGAAGGCUAAGGCGCAAUAACCGCGUACAGGGCGCGCGGCGAUGGUUACGCGAGGCGUCCGGACGUCGUCGUAACUACGCGAUGGCCGUUCGUUUCGAUUUUUUUUUUUUUCCGUACCGUUUCGCCGUACAGUGUAACAAUUGGUCGGCACACAUCUCGUACUGUGUCGUGUUUUUAAAUCGUUAACGAAAAAGAAAGAAUAAAAAAAAAAAAUCCUCGCGUGUCGGCAGCGAUAACAAAAUUCCUAACGACAAUAUCAAUACGUAUAAUAUUGUAAUAAACACACGUUCGUUAUGCGCACGCACGCUCCGAUUAUUUAAUGUCUACGAGCGAACACAAUAUUGCGGGAAAAUGUAACGAUUGUGCAGAGUGGGACGUCGUUGUUGCACUCGACCGUAUACCGUCGUUAAACUGUGGUGGAUGAUUUGCAUCCAGAUUACCCGUUCGAAAAUCCGAAUUUUAAAUUUCGGAUUUAUGUGUUUGAUGUUCACGACGAACACAUCUCAGACCGCGAUCGGUUUUUUUUUUUCCCGAAAUGGCUCAAGGGGAAUGAGCUAUAGACACUGUGCAUACUUCAGUCGAUUAACACGUUUUUACUAGCCGAUUUAAACGGCGAAUACGGUUUAUGAUUCUUUGAGUUCUCGACUUGGCUUUGUCGGAAAUAAAAAAAUUCAAUUAUUUUACUUGGAAAUCGUAAAAAAAAAAAAAAAAAAUUGAUCGUAUUUCGACAUAUCUCGGUGAAGAACCUAAAGAAUCGUAAUACGUUUUCAUAAUGGAAACGCAAUUCUUAUAGUUUUGUCUGACCUUUUUUCGGUCUAAAACGUACUCGUCCGUUAAAACAAUCGAAUUUUGGCCCGUCCAAAUUUUUUCCGUCAUCACUACACACUACUACAGUAAGAUUAUUGUCGAGUUUUUCGACAUUUUACUGUUCAGUCACGCGAGAAAAUUAAUUACUAUAAAAAUGUAAUUGAUGUAGUCCGCUGAUUAACGUACACGUCGCGGUGAUCCGAUAGAAAGUGGCCAUUGAUCUUCCAUAACAACUUGCACUUUUUUUUUUCACAGAAAUUCCGCCUUGUAUUUUAAAGUCUCUGAAAUUUUUCGCGUUUAUGAUCUUUAAUGUUCAAGGCCAUCACAACGACUUACUGUUAGUAUUUUUUUUUCUACGCACGGCCAUUUUAAUUACGUGUUGGCUCAUUCGGGGGCAUGUAAUUUACAACAAAUUUGUAAAAAAAAUAAUUUACUCGCCAUGCGCGGUCGUGUUUACAAUCAAUGGGAAGGAAUUAUUGAAUUAUUUGUAUAUUAGUCAUAUUUUAAUUGUCUAUGUGCACUUUUAUUUUCUUUACGAUCGAAAAAGGAAUCAUUAUUAUAUGGUAUUCUUAUAGUUUAGGUAAAGUUUUCAAAACAUAAAUAUCGGUGCUCAUUUUUAGAAUAUUUUAUAUCUUAUAAUAUUACUAUUAAAUAAUGUAUGAUAUUUGAAAUAGGUGAAUGUUGUCAGUUUUAAAAUUUAAUUAAACUAAAAAAUGAUGGUGUUUUAUAAAAACAUUAAAAUAAAUUGUCUAUAAAAUAUCAAUAGUUUGAUAAUGUUUGAAAUUGUUUUUUUUUUUAGGGGAAGAACCACCAGUCAUUAUGUCACCAGAUUCUGGAAUCAAUGAACUGCAAGGUCUCAGUCUUGAAGAACAGGAAAAACAGAGAGAAGAAUGGCAACAAGAGCUGAAUAAGGUAGAAGAAGAAAUCAAGACGUUACGUGAAGUUCUUGGUUCUAAAGUCAAAGCAUCCCAAGAGCUAAGACACAAGCUUGGUUAUACUGUUUGGCAGGAGAUUAGCGAAGAUGUAUCACAGAGCUUAAGGAAUGUUAAGGAAUCUAAUGUGUAAGUCAAAUAUUAUGUUUAUCUAAUAUUUUCUACAAUGUAAUUUAUUUUUAUUUUGCUAGCUUUUGGGGUAUAUUAUUUUUUUUUUUUUUGUAUUUUUAUUAUUUUCCUUUCUCUUAUUAUUAUUAUUAUUUUUAUUUUUAUAUAGUUACCAAAAUGUAGAAGAAAAAUUUACCCAAAUUGGAAAAGCUGUUGUUGACGCACCAAUGUAAGUCUUCUAAUACAAAGACAAGCAUUUUUCAAUUUCUUAACGUUUAUUUUAUGUAUCAGUGUUUUAUUAACUACCCUAAUCAAAGUCAUCUUCAACACAGCUUCUAAGUUAGUGCGAUUCAAAUUUAAUUAUAAGUAUAUACUUCUACGGGUGCUCAAUUGCAUCUCCCAUUUUUCAAAAUGUGUACAUAUCAUAUUUUUUUCAAAUUGUAAAUAAAAUUUUACAUUAACUAACAAUAUAAUAUCCAGAAAAUGAUUGGUAUUUGUAUGAUAAUUUUAUUUAUCAACUAUUUGGCUUAAUCAUUUAUAACAAUAUUAUAAAUAAGUAUUUGGUUGUUGUUGUUUUAGUGACACUAAAUAGGUUAGUUAGGUCAGAAAUUCACAAUCAAAUAUUGUGCCCGGUACAAAACUUUGGAAUACAGCCUUUUAAUUUAUAAUGAUAACUCAAAGUUAAACAAUUUUCAGAAUCAAAUGAGUGUUUUAACUAUCUCAUAUCUUACUAUUGGAUUUCUCAAAUUUCAAAUUUGUUGUUUAUUUAUUUUUUUUUAACAUAAUAUUUAAAACGUAUAGGUUUUUGGGGUAUUUUGUGUCCAGUGUACAGGCACCGCUGGGUUCCUCCUUCCUAUGGCCUUGGGUUAGCUACCAACAUAUUAUCGAACAUGCUACACAAUACUAUAACUCAAAAUAUAUGUUAUGUUAAAUAUAAUAUGAUUAUUAAAGAAUAAAGUGCUAAUUAUACAAUUAAAUAAUUAUUGAUCUGUUUUUUAAUUUUAAUGCAUUAUCAAAUUAUAUUAACCAUAAAAUCAUAAUACUCAACAUGUUUUAUUAACAGUUUUAUAUAUUCCUUGAAUUGUAUGAAAAACAUUUGUUUUAACUAACGUUAAUUGUUAAAUAAAUUUACUUGAAAACAGUUAUAAAUCUAAAAUUGUUGAAUAGGUACAUUGAAAAAACUGGUAACAUUAUUUAAAUAUUUUAUAUUAAAGGUUUUUUUUUUUUUUCAUAUAGAAAUGUAUUUGUUUUAUUAACAUAAAACAAUAGAUAUUAUAUCCAUACUUUUGAAUCGCACAAAUUAAUUUUAGUUAUCUAAAUUUGUAUUUUGUAAUAACUUGUAACGUGAUUUGUCAAUGACAAUAUUGUUAUAUUUUCUUUACCAGAUUCAACUUUUCUUUACCAGAUUCAAGCGACAUGCGCACCCCAACCAGGAACAUGGUUCUAAAACACUGGUAUAUAAAGUCUACGUGUGCAUUCAUGCAUGUACCCUUGAAUAUUAUGGAAGAAAAAAAUAUGCUUUGUUUUAGUCUAUAUUAAAUGCUUGGAAUUGUAUCUUAUACGCACUUUUGCUUCAUCUUCUAAUUAGUUAUUUUCUAUUUUUAUAAAAAAAAAAACACUUAGUUAUCAAAAUGUAGAAAGCAAGGUUAAGCAGUUGGGAACAGCAGUCGUCGAAACACCUAUGUAAGUCUGGCUUUGUUUCUAUGGCGCAUGAACACAUAAUUUAGAAUUUGAUAUGAUUGAGUUAUGAUAUUAUAUUUACGUAAAAAUUAUAAUAAAAUGUAGUGUCUUAGGUAUAUUUUAUUUUAUGUGUGUACAUAGUUCUUUAUGCAAUGAUAGACUUAGAGAAGUAUAUUUUCAGUAUGAUUAAAAGUUUUAAAUUUAAUUAUCUUAUCAUAUUUUAAAACUCAAAAUAAAGUUAAUUUAUUUCAAAUUGCUGUAAUAAAUAAAUAAAUACCUAACAAAUUUCAAAUUGUUAGUUACAUUACUUGUAAUUGCAUUAAUAAAUACUGCCAUAUAGAGUAAGUUUCUUAAAUUUAAAAAUUAAUUAAAAUGAGCAUAGUAGCCCAAUUUUAUAGAUUACUAAUUUUUUUAAUUACAUUUAAAUGUUUAAUGAUCCAUAAAAUGUAACAGAUGUUUUUGCAACCUAAUGUAUAAAGUUAACAAGUUACUUUUCUUUUUCUGAUGAAUAGGUUUAAUAUUAAAAAAAUUAUUUAUUUCAUAGAAUAAGCUAAAAAUGUGAUUAUGUUUAUUUAACGCUAUGAAUUUUUACUAUUUAACACUAAUUACUAAUAUGUCAAAUUUGUGAAUUUUGUUACUAUAGAGUUAUUUGGAAUUUAUUGAUAAUAUUUAACAAUUAAUUAAUCUAGUUAUAAAAUUAUUCUACAGGACUCUAAUACUAAAAUUCAAAUAUUAAUUAUAGCUAUCAAAAAACUGAGUCUGUGGUAAAAACAACCGCAGAGAAAGCUACAACAAUAUUUGGUGGAUUUGGUAGUGGUCUCACUACCAAGCUUGGUCAAAUUAAGAAUUCUGAAUCAUUCCGUUCUUUUGAAGAAAAAGUUGGAUCAGCUUUGGAAAAUGUUAAGGUAAUUUUAUUUAAUAUUAUUUAAAAUAUAAAUGAAUGACAUUAAAUUACCUUAUAUUUUAAUUUUUAGACUAAAGUAGCAUCACGAUCGAACUCAAUGCAGAACUUUGAUGAGAUAUUGGAGGAAGAAACUCGUUUAGCUAAUGAAGAAAAACGUUCUCGGGAAGAACGUGAAGCAGCAACAAAAUAAUUUUGUUUUUAUUAUCUCUCUCGUACUUUGAUAUUUAUUAUAAUCAUGCAAUCUUGAUCACUUAAGUACAGAAUUUACAUUAAACUAAGCACUAAAAAUUCAAUUUCUCACAAAUAUUUUUCUUAUGAAUUUAGUAUCGAAUAAAAUGUUUUAUUAAAUAUUAAAUUAUAUAAAACAUUUUUCUUCAUAAGGUUAAUUUUUAAAUUGUGAUUUUUAAUAGUUAUUAAUAUUCUUAUACAAUAAAUUAUUUUUAUUGUAAAAAUAUAACUUGCGAGUGCUUUAAUUUGAAAAUAUUUAAUCUAUAGUUUUAUAAUUAUUGUGCCUAUACUACAAUAUUAUGUACACCAUACACUUAUAAAGAUUCCAAUUGUAAUUAAAUUAGAUAUUUUUUUAGUUAAGUAUUUAUACAUAUUAAACUAUAUUAAUUAUUAUAUACCUAUAUAUAUAUAUAUAUAAAUAUUGAAAAACACAUUAAUGAUUAAUUUAAUUAUUACAUUUUAGGAAACUAAAAUAAAUUCUGGGUAAAUUUAAAUGUUAUCCUCAGUUUUAACUAAUUUAACUACUAUACUCUGUGCCACGAGAGAGUGCGAGCGCCACGCGCAUUGCAAAUGAUUAACUCCGACACCCAGAACCCAAACUUUCCCCACCAUGUGGCGACCGCUGUCUGUAUACAGCGGCUCAAGUAACACCACAAAUAUUACCGCAACUAACCAUUAUAUAGUAUAACAUAAUAUCAGUAGAGGAGUUUUUUUAUUAAAUAAGUAUAAUUUAUUUUGAUUAUUACGUUUUUAUUAUUAAA